UCUUUUAAAUUCGUGAACAGUUGGUCGCUAUAAAGUAGACCCCCUUUUCCUUCUCCACACUCAUUUCACUUUUUCUUUUCUGUCCACCAUAACUUUUUACGCUCAGGUACUUACAUAUCUAUAUAGUUUGCCAUGAGAUCUUUCUUGGACUGGGUUUCAUGUUGGAGUACCACUCCUCAAGUGUCCAUCAGGGAGGAGGUGGAGACGCCUCCAAAGAAGGAGGAGACAAACUCCUUGAUGCCUUUAGAUACGGAAGAUCUGAGGAAGAAGAAGAUUAGGGUAAGGACAGGGACGAGUCCGCAGUGGAAGCCUACGUUGCGGGUGAUAACGGAGGAUAACGUCAUGGUGAAGAAAACGCCGUCGGAAGCGACGAAAACGACGGUAGAUAAGGUGGGGAAGAGGAAGACCACCGGUAGUUCACGUUCUAAAGCUCAUGUUCGAAGCUAUAACGACACGGGGCGAAAAUCGGUGCCAGUGAUCCUACCAGCGCUUUCCCCUACACCUUUCAUGUUCUAAUAAUCUUUAAUUCCAUGGACCCUUUGCUAGUAAUUUAUGGUAAAUUUUUCAUUGCCUACGUAUAUAAUAGUAGGAAAUAUUAAAUCUUGUAACAUUUGUUCAAUUAAAUAGAAACAGUUUGCCUUGGUAAAGAAAA